UUUAUCCAUUUCUUGAUCAAGUAUAUUCCAGACUCAGCUCCACCAAUUAUAUAAUCCAAUUCAUCUCAAUCUUCUUCUAUAUAAGCAGCACCAUACCACUUACUAUAUAAACUCAAACUAUCCCAAUUUCAAAGGCAGAAGCAAUGUCCAUGGCAUUAACAGAGGAACUGAAGGGAAAGGCAGUGGUGUACCAUGGUGACAAACUUUGUAGGGAGAAAUUCUCUUUGUUGCUUGCAGAAAUAGGCCUGCCAAAAGGAUUAUUAACAAUUCAGGACAUUGAGGAAUGUGGCUAUGUGAAAGAGAUUGGAUUUGUUUGGCUCAAGCUUCAGAAGAAGAUAGAACACAGGUUUGAUAACAUACUUGUGUGCUAUGAUUCAAUUGUCACAGCAUAUAUUGAACCUAAGAAGAUCAAGAAUCUCACUGGGGUCAAGGCUAGGGACUUCUUGCUUUGGUUCACAUUGAAUGAGAUUUAUGUUAAGGGUUCACCACAAGGGUCUCUUAUUACCUUCAAGUCCAUUGUAGGGUUAUCUAUGUCUUUUCCAUUUUCUAUGUUCAUGGGCAUGGCUGGGAAGGAUCAACCCAAGGAAGAGGCGUCAGAAGAAAACUGGUGGAACAAGAUAAUCAAAUUGUAAUUAAAUUGUUAUUAAUCAGUGCCCAAAAGAAUUGUUAAUAACAAUGAAAAUGUCAUUGUAAUUGUAUAUGAUCUAUUACUGUUUCAAUUA